GCGAGGACACCGACCCGCUACCGGAAGUUAGGAAGGCUCUAUCCGGCGUCGGGAAGAGAAGAAAUGUCUUCUAUGAAGAGAAGUCCAAAACAAGAAAUAAUUUCCCAAUUUCACUGUUCAGCUGCAGAAGGAGAUAUUGCCAAGUUAACAGUAAUUCUCAGUCAUUCUCCGUCUCUUCUCAAUGAAACUUCUGAAAAUGGCUGGACUGCUUUAAUGUAUGCUGCAAGAAAUGGGCACCUGGAUGUUGUCCAGCUGCUACUUGAGAAAGGGUGUGACAGAUCCAUUGUCAAUAGAUCAAAGCAGACUGCACUGGAUAUUGCUGAGUUUUGGGGUUACAAGCAUAUAGCUAACUUACUAGCUAAUGCUAAAGGUCAAAAGAAGCCUUGGUUCCUAACCAAUGAUGUAGAAGAAUGUGAAAAUUAUUUUAGCAAGACACUACUGGACCGGAAAAGUGAAAAAAGAAAUAAUUCUGACUGGCUACUAGCUAAAGAAAGCCAUCCAGCCACAGUUUAUAUCCUUUUCUCAGAUUUAAAUCCCUUGGUUACUUUAGGUGGCAACAAAGAAAGUUCCCAACAACCAGAAGUCAGGCUUUGUCAGCUGAACUACACAGAUAUAAAGGAUUAUUUGGCUCAACGUGAAAAGAUCACCUUGAUUUUCCUUGGAGUGGAACUUGAAAUGAAAAAAGAGUUACUUAGUUAUGCUGGGGAAGUCCCAAGAGAAGAAGACGGAUUGGUUGCCUGGUUUGCUCUAGGUAUAGAUCCUGUUGCUGCUGAAGAAUUUAAGCAAAGACAUGAAAAUUGUUAUUUUCUUCAUCCACCAAUGCCAGCUCUUCUGCAAUUGAAAGAAAAUGAAGCUGGGGUCGUAGCUCAAGCAAGAUCUGUUCUUGCCUGGCACAGUCGAUAUAAGUUCUGCCCAACCUGUGGAAGCACAACUAAAAUUGAAGAAGGUGGCUAUAAGAGAGUAUGCUUAAAGGAAGACUGUCCUAGCCUUCAUGGUGUUCACAAUACAUCAUAUCCAAGAGUUGAUCCGGUAGUAAUCAUGCAAGUUAUUCAUCCAGAUGGGACCAAAUGUCUGUUAGGCAGGCAGAAAAGAUUUCCCCCAGGCAUGUUUACUUGCCUUGCUGGAUUUAUUGAACCUGGGGAGACAAUAGAAGAUGCCGUUCGGAGAGAAGUAGAAGAGGAAAGUGGAGUCAGAGUUGGCCAUGUUCAGUAUGUCGCUUGUCAGCCAUGGCCAAUGCCCUCCUCCUUAAUGAUUGGUUGCUUAGCUGUGGCAGUGUCUACGGAAAUUAAAGUUGACAAGAAUGAAAUAGAGGAUGCCCGCUGGUUCACUAGAGAACAGGUUGUGGAUGUUCUGACCAAAGGGAAGAAGCAGGCAUUCUUUGUGCCACCAAGCCGAGCUAUUGCGCAUCAAUUAAUCAAACACUGGAUUGGAAUGAACCCCAACCUCUAAAUCAAGUAACUUGACUUUGAGUACCAAUUAAUUUCUUAUUCCACUUAUUCCUCAAGUGAGGUUAUAAAUAUUCAAUACUCUUUAGAAUGUCACAACACAAAAUAUCAUGUUGGAUUUUUAAAAUAUUUUCAAAGUGUACAUUUCAUCUUCAACUACAGAAUUCUUAUUUUUAUGAGUUACAACAUUGCCUCAGAUUUUAAAUUAAAAUCUGGAUCAUCCUUCUAUCUCGAACAUUUUUUGGUUGUGCUCCACAAUUCUAUUUCAUAAAACCAUGUUUCUAAUAAGAGAAAUCAUGUCGUAAAGAAAUAUGUUCCAAAAAUGUAAGUGCACUGAAAUCCUAGCACCUGUUAUAAGCAUUAGACUAGUCAUUAAAGAUCCAUUACUGAAAUUAAGCAUAUUUACAAGUAAUUCUCCUCACAGAUAUUAAAUCUCAUACACAGGGUCUGGCAGAAGUAACGCCUGCUUGAGUGUGGUUGGUGGGGUACAUGAAUGUCUCACAGGAGAUGGACAGCAAUUUGAACGUGUCACUUAAAAUGUUAUAUGGUGUACUCAAGUAUGAUGUUUAAUAAGAGUUUGUAAUAAGUGGACAUUAUUUGUACCAGACCCUGCACAUGUACCUCAUUAAUAAAAACACUGACUUGAUGUCACAUCUUUUUUGAGAAAUUAGACAAAAUAAUUUUAAUGAAUUUUGAGCUUGAAUUUUUAGUCCUUCAUUACCAUAAAGUGUCUUUCAGUUGUCAGUAGCAGAUUUUUGCUCAUCUCCCAUUGUAAUUCACUUUUUCCUCCUGGUUUCAUUGUUUUAAUAGUGCUGCAGUUACAGUGUUCUAUGUUCAUCAGUUAAGAAUUUUCUAUUUUGACAACUCCACAAAACAAGUAAGAGCAUAUAUUGUGUCUGGGGCCUCCUCCUUAAAAAUUAAUUACUCUGUUUUUCUAUUAGAGCUACUCAAAGUCUUAAGAUAAAUCAGGAUUCUCUGCUUUUUCACUGAAAUGAAACAUAUUUGAAAGAAAUUCUCAAAGGUCAGAUGUUAUGUAAAUCACAGAAAGAUUUACAUAUUUUUUAAAAAAACACUGGCUUUGUGGCAUUUUGUGAUAAGGAAUAUAUCUGCAUUAGCAAAAAGCUAUAUAAUCAUUACUAAUAACAUCUGUUAAGUUCAUAUGUAACAUUUCGCUUUUGGCCUUAACACAUUCUAAGAAGGCUUUAUAAAGUAAGUAUAUGUUGGAAAUGAAUCAGUAAUAUUCUAGAGAAAGUAAAUUGCACUUCCCAAUUUAGACAGAACUGUCAUAUUUUACAAGGCUGUUUUGAAAUUGUUUUAAAAGGUAACACUUAAAUACAUAAAUUUAUAUAAUUUGGCUGUAUACUAUCGUAUGUUAGAACUGGAAGAGACCUAAAGGAUAAUAUCUAGAGUUCAUUGCCCUUCCCUUAUAGACAAGGUAAAGGAAAUAUUGAAAGGUGAAUUUAAUUAAUUUGUUAAAGGUAAAUUAAUUAAUGAAAGUUACACAAGUACAGUUUAUAAUUUUAAUACAAUUUAUUAUAUUUAUAGUUAAGUAAGUUAAUUACAAGUUUAUACUGUAUAACCCAGAGAAGCAUUCUUCCUCUGAUCAAAGUUAGAAACUAUUACUAAAAAUGUAUAUAAGAUAAAUCAAAAUAAUAGAUAAGAAUACAUUCACUUUACCACAUACUGUUAUUUAAAAUUUUAGAUACUAAAAUUUAUUUAACUUAAAUAAGAUCAUUUUAUUAGUUAAAACUUUGUUUUAUUAACAAACAAUGGUUCCCUUAGUAAUUGAUGAAGGCUUAUUGAUAUCAGGUCUUUAAACAAAAUUAAGACUUAUACAGGACAUUUGGAUUCAUAAUAAAAUUUGAACUACAUAGGAAUAUAGAAAAUGCCGUGCCUUGAUUAUUCUGAAGUAUAAUGACUUAAAAAGUUCAGCUUACUUCAAAUGUAUUUUAAUACGUAUAGAUCCUAAGGUUACAUCAAAAGUUGUAGGAUAGCAAAGUAAAAUACAAAGUGUCGACAAGUAGUUGUAAAUUUAGUUUUUGAUAUUUAACCCUGUACUCAGGGAAAAUCAGUAUCUAAGUAAAUUAUUGUUUUAAUAAUCUCUCUUAAAUUGUUAACCUCUGAGAGGUGAAUAAGCUACAUGUAAGUAGAAGAAAUAGCCAAGAAAUUGUAAAGUUUCAAGUGCCAUCAAUGUAUUCUAAUGGAAAUAAAGGUAACCAUACAUU